CCACAGUUUCAGAAUUCCCAGAACGAAUUAAGGGGGAAUGAUAUGGACCAUACAUACUCAAAUCAAGACAGCCCAGUAGAAUGGCAUGUCUUUUCGCAAUAAAUGCAGGUGUUUCGUUAUGAGAAUGAUCAGGUCGCUCGGUUGCAUCAAUAUCUAACAGUCCGAAAACCCUGGAAUGGCUAUGCGACGCUGUAAAUGAACGCUUCCUACAGCUCAGCGGAUUUCACGUUCAGUCUUACGUCACUGGCCUGGGAGUGAAUCAUCAUAAGAGAAUAGGAAUGCUGCGCCCGUGAACUGGACCAUCGCACUUAUUUUAAAAUAGCUCACUUUGUCAUCUUAGUCUUAUCAUGGAAGAAAUACUACGGAAGCUACAGAAGGACGCAUCUGGAAAUAAGCACAAAGCAAUUCGGGAUUCGUGCGUCUUCGCCUGUGAAACCCUUCAGAAACAAACUGGAUCAGCCACGAUUCCACCGUCUCGGCUCAGAGAAAGAUGCCUUCUCCCUCUUCAGCUGGCACUGGAGUCCAAGAACAUGAAACUGGCCCAGACUGCCCUCACAGGAAUGCAGAAAAUCCUGUGUGAGGACAGGUUUGUGGCUGUGGAGGCGGAGGCUCUGGAGAGCCAGCUGUUGAGUCAGAUGCUGGAUGCAGUGAGGGUGACCCCCAUGCUCCACGAGGAUCUGCAGGUCGAGGUCAUGAAGGUCCUUCUCUGCAUCACGUACUCCUCCACCUUUGAGAUCAACGGAGACUCCAUCCUGAGGAUUGCUGAGGUGUGUAUCGAGACGUACAUGUCCAGCUGUCACCAGCGCAGCAUAAACACGGCCGUGAGGGCCACCCUCAGCCAGAUCCUGGGGGACCUCGCCCUGCAGCUCAGACACAGACAGGGAGUGGAUGGAGAAGACCCACCAGUGCCCGCACACCAGCGCAGAGAUGUGUCUCCCACUGCACAGUCCCUGUGUGAUGACGUUGUGACUGUGAUAACCGUCUUCUGCGAGAAGCUAGAGGGGGUUGACCAUGAGAACCAGCUGCUCCAGCUGCUCUACCUAGAGUGUAUCCUGUCCAUGCUCAGCAGCUGUCCUCCCACCAUGCACCUGAACAGAGGCUUCACAGACCUGAUCUGGAAGCAACUUUGUCCGUCGUUGGUGGUGAUCAUGGGAAACCCUGUGAACGACAAGACCAUCACCUCGGCCCACGGCCACGGAGGGGGGUGUCAGGAUCCAGACCCCUCUCUAGGUGGUGUGUCUGACCAGGGCCGGGGAUCCGGCUGCUCCUCCACCACCCCGGCCAUGAUCGGCCCCGUAGUGCGGACCAUCUGCUACGUGGCUGCUGAGCUGGUGCGCCUGGUGGGCUGUGUGGAGUCCAUGAAGCCUGUUCUGCAGUCGCUGUACCACCGCAUCCUGCUCUAUCCCCCCCCACAGCACCGUGUGGAGGCCAUCAAGAUCAUGAAGGAGAUUCUGGGAAGUCCUCAGCGCUUGUUUGACCUGGCUGGUCCCUGUGUUAUAGAGCCUGAGUCUAGGAAAAGGUCAUUCUCCAAGAGGAAGUCUCACCUGGACCUGCUCAAAUUGGUGAUGGAUGGCAUGACAGAGGCCUGUAUGAAGGGGGGCAUCGAGGCCUGUUACUCCUCAGUGGCGUGUGCCUGUGCCCUCCUGGGAGCUCUGGAUGAGUUGAGUCAUGGGCGUGGCCUACAGUCAGAACAGGCCCGCAUGCUGCUGCGCCGAUUGGACGAGCUGAAAGAGGGGGCAGAAUCCACGCGGGAGUCCAUGGAGAUCAAUGAGGCGGACUUCCGCUGGCAGCGCCACGUCCUCUCGUCUGAGCACGCUCCCUCUGAGCCCUCUGCCACCUCCGCCACGGAGCGCAGCCCUGACAUCAGCAUCAGCGUCACCACAGAUACGGGCAAGACCACUCUGGAUGGGGAGCUGGGACAGACCACUCUGGAUGGGGAGCUGGGACAGACCACUCCAGAGGGGCAGGAGUGUGGUGAAGAACCCCGGCUGCCUUCGCCUUCCUCCUGCGGGCCAGACGCUGACCCUGAGCUACGCCCCUGUGUGAGGGAGCCAGGCGCCGAGCCCGGAGGACCCCCAGACGUGGUGCAGCGCAGCCACGCGCUGGUCUACCCCGACAUCACUAACUUCCUGUCCGUGGAUGCCCGGGCGCACCCUCACGGCUCGCGCUACAGCGAGAGCAACUUCAGUGUGGAUGAGGGGGAGAUGUCGCGCACUGAGUUUGAUUCAUGUGACCAGUACUCCAUGGCGGCGGAGAAGGACUCGGGCCGCUCGGAUGUGUCAGACAUGGGCUCUGAUAACUGCUCUCUGGCUGACGAGGAGCAGACACCCAGGGAUUGUCCCGGUCAUCGCUCCCUGAGGACAGCAGCCCUUUCCCUGAAGCUACUGAAGAACCAGGAGGCUGACCAGCAGAGCGCCCGGCUCUUUGUCCAGUCUCUGGCCGGCCUGCUGCCUCGCCUGCUGGGGAUGCACAGCACGACAGACGUGGACACGUCCCUGCAGAACUUCUCCUCCACAUUCUGCUCUGGCCUACAGGCGGGUGGCAUCCAUUCACCAGGCUAUGAGGGCAGUGAGAACCUGAACUGUCAGGCCCUGAUGAACGCUGACGGCCUUUACCUGGUCUCCUACUACGCCUUGCUCCUCAGCCUCAAACUCUGCUGCCAGGACUACUACCGCAGGAGGCCCAUGCCUGUACUGGUCAGCCUGAAAGAGUUUGUUCGUCUCAUCCAGAGCAGUGGGGUGCUGGUGGUGCUGUCUCAGGCCUGGAUCGAGGAGCUCUACCUCCAGGUUCUGGACAGGAACUUGCUGGGGGAGGCUGGCUACUGGGGCUCACCAGAGGAACACUCCUUACCCCUCAUCACCAUGCUAACUGACAUCGAUGGGCUGGGCAGUAGUGCCAUCGGAGGUCAGCUGAUCCGUAAGGCCAACACACAGUCCCCCUUCAGCUGUGACAAGAGUGGCAGUGACACCCUCAUGGCAGGCAUAGUGUUUGCUCGCUACAUCCUGAUGGGCUGCUGGAAGAACCUGAUGGACACCCUGUCCACCCCCCUGACGGGACGCAUGGCGGGCAGCUCCAAGGGCCUGGCCUUCAUGCUGGGGUCUGAGGGGCUGAAGGAGCAGAGCCAGAGGGAGAGAGACACCAUCUGUCUCAGCCUGGAUGGACUACGCAAGGCAGCCGGACUCAGUUGUGCUCUAGGUGUGGCUGCCAAUUGUGCCUCGGCUCUGGCCCAGAUGGCGGCAGCCUCGUGUGUGCAGGAGGAGAAGGAGGAGAGGGAGGUGGGCGAGUCUGGAGAUGCCAUCACACAAGUCAAGCAGCGUGUGGAGCAGAAGCUGGAGCAGAUGGGACGUCCUCAGGGGGUGCGGCUGCACACGGCCCAUGUGCUCUGCAUGGAGGCCAUCCUCAACGUAGGCCUGGAGAUGGGCAGCCACAACCAGGACUGCUGGCCCCACGUCUUCAGGGUGAGCGAAUAUGUCAGCUCUCUGGAGCACAGCCACUUCAGCGAUGGCAGCUCCCAGGCCACCAUGACCAUCACCCAGGCCCAGCAGGCUGUAGACCUUGGGCUGGAUUUGUGCGGCGAGCCUAGUCCGGACAGAGAUCUGGCCCUCAGCAGCCAGCCGGUCAUCCAGCCCCAGUCCAUCCAGGAGCUGCUAAGAGAGGGUAGAGGGGGGAAAGGCCUGGACCGUAGCCUGAUGACUGGGACCAGCGCAUCCAAGGCUGUCUGCACCCUAUCUACACAGGCAGACAGGUUAUUUGAGGACUCUGUCAGUAAACUGAACAUGGUUAGCCUGGUGGGUUUCCUGCACCAGCUGAGGAGAGCAUCUCAGUCCCAGCUCUUUGACUCAGUCACUGAGACAGGAGACUACUCCUUAGCCAUGCCAGGAGAGGCCAAGUCCACCAUGGACAGGCGUAGCGCCCUGCAUCUGUUCCGGCUGGGGGAGGCCAUGCUGCGGAUCGUGAGGAAUAAGACCAGACCCCUGCUGCACAUGAUGAGGGCCUGGAGCGUAGUGGCACCGCACCUGGUGGAGGCUGCCUGCCACAAAGAACGCCAUGUAUCCCAGAAGGCUGUGUCCUUCAUCCAUGAUGUUCUGAUGGAGGUGUUGACCAGCUGGGCAGAGCUUCCCCACUUCCACUUUAACGAGGCGCUCUUCAGACCCUUCGAGCACAUCAUGCAGCUGGAGCUGUGUGACGAGGACGUGCAGGACCAGGUGGUCACAUCCAUAGGGGAGCUUGUAGAGAUGUGUUCCCCUCAGAUCCAGUCUGGCUGGAGACCUCUAUUCAGUGCCCUGAGGACUGUGCAUGGGAACAAGCCAGACAUGAAAGACUACCUGAUAGGAGAAUAUUCCAUGGGGAAGUCUCAGGCGCCUGUGUUUGAUGUCUUUGAAGCGUUUAUCAACACCGACAACAUUCAGGUCUUCGCCAACGCAGCAACUGACUACAUCAUGUGCCUUAUGAAGUUUGUCAAAGGUUUAGGUAAGUCAGGAGAAGUGGACUAUAAGGAGAUUGGGGACUGUGUCAAUGCCACUGGCUACAGUUCUACAGACCUGUGCCUCCCUGCUCUGGACUACCUGAGGAAGUGCUCCCAGCUGCUUGCCAAAAUCUACAAGAUGCCUUCCAAGCCAGUGUUCCUGGGAGCCCGGCUGGCCAGCCUGCCCAUGAGGGCCCAGGAGAAGUCUGUCAGCAGUGAGGAUGGCAUGGACUGCGUCCUGGCUGAGUUUGACGAUGACACAGGCUUGAUCCAGGUUUGGAUCCUGCUGCUGGAGCAGCUGACUGCAGCGGUAUCGAACUGCCCCCGGCAGCACCAGCCCCCCACCCUGGAACUGCUGUUUGAACUUCUCAGAGCGCUCACCAACUUGCCAGGACCGGGCUUUGCCAUAUUCUCUGUGAUCCAGCUUCUUCUUCCUGUGAUGUCACUCUGGCUCCAGCGUAGCCAUGGCGACCAUGCGUACUGGGACAUAGCCGCAGCCAACUUCAAGCACGCCAUUGGGUUGUGCUGUGAGCUGGUAGUGGAGCACAUUCAAAGCUUCAUCCACUCAGAUAUUGGCUAUGAGCAUCUGAUCAACCUGAUGCUAAAGGACCUCUUCAAGCUGCUGGUGGCCUGUGUGGCUGAACCUGCUGAGACGAUCUCUAGAGUGGGCUGCUCCUGCAUCAGGUACGUGUUGGUGACGGUAGGCCCAGUCUUCACUGAGGAGAUGUGGCGACUGGCAUGCUGUGCCCUGCAGGAUGCCUUCUCUGCCACCCUGGAGCCUGUCAAGAACCUGCUGGCGUGUUUCCGUAGUGGUUCAGACAGCUUCUCUGGGGACGCCUGUGAGGUUAAGGUGGCCGCCCCAUCCCACUCCCCCUCUGCUGAGGCAGAGUACUGGAGAAUCAGAGCCAUGGCCCAGCAGGUGUUUAUGCUGGACACCCAGUGCUCCCCUAAAACCCCCAAUAACAAAGAAGGCUUUGAGCAUGCCCAGUCCUGUGUGCUCAUCAUAGAGCUCCCCUCAGACCAGCAAUCCAAUGGUCACACUCAGAAAAGGAUUCCUUUCAGAACUAUAGUGGUUAGCUUACUCUCUCAUCAAGUGUUGCUCCAGAACCUGUAUGACAUUCUGCUGGAGGAGUUUGUUAAGCACCCUGGUGAUGCUGAGACCCAGGAGAAGACCACUCCAGUAUCUGAUCCUAGACCAUCUGGUUUCCUGCGCUACAUCUCCAUGCAGAACCUGGCCAUCAUCUUCGACCUGCUGCUGGACUCCUACCGCACAGCCCGAGACUUCGACACGCGCCCGGGCCUCAAGUACCUGCUGAUGAAGGUGUCUGGGGUGUGUGGCGCUGCCAACCUGUACCGCCAGUCUGCUAUGAGCUUCAACAUCUACUUCCAGGCCCUGCUGUGUGCCACGCUCACCAACCAAGAGAGCAUCACUGCUGAGCUGGUGAAGAAGAUCCUUUACGAGGAGGACGAGGGCAGCUCCGACUCCUCCCAGCAGUGCUCCUCCGAGGACGAGGACAUCUUCGAGGAGACGGCUCAGGUGAGUCCCCCGCGGGGGAAGGAGAAGCGCCAGUGGAGGGCCACCAUCCCUUCGCUCAGCAUCCAGCCGGUCAGCAGCGCAGACUGGGCCUGGCUGGUCAAGCGGCUGCACAAGCUCUGCAUGGACCUCUGCAACAACUACAUCCAGAUGCACCUGGACCAGGAGAACUUGGUGGACGAGGCAGUGCCCGUCUUCCGGGGGGACCCCCUCUUCUUCCUGCCUUUCUUCCCCUCCACCCCCGAGACUCCCACUCCCUCCGUGGGAGGCCUGUCCGGCCGGGGAACACCCUCAGAUGACAGCGUGCGCUCCCACCUGGCAGAGACGCCGUCGGAGGACACCCACAGCCCUACUGCUGGCUACUGCAUGGACAGCCUGCCACACCUGAGAGGGGAGAGGAGAGACCCAGCGGGCCGCAAGAAGGAGUGGUGGGAGAGUGCUGGGAACAAGCUAUACACCAUCGCCACCGACAAGACCAUCACCAAGCUGAUGAUGGAGUACAAGAAGAGAAAGCAGCAGCACAACCAUACCACCUUCGUGAAGGAGACCAAGGGGGGAGAGAACAGGGGCGAGGCAGGGACGAUGAGGGGCCCAGAGUCCUCCAACCCACAGAGACCCCAGCAGCUGGUGGACCCGGGGCCCAUGAGACACUCGUUCAGUGCCGGGCCAGAGGUGCUGAGGCAGGAGAAGAUCAGACCCCGCUCCGGUUCUACAGCAAGCUCCCACAGCGUCUCCAUUAGAGACUCAGAGGCUCAGAUACAGGCAUGGACUAACAUGGUUCUGACCAUCCUGACUCAGAUCCAGCUCCUUCCAGACCCUACCUUCGUGGCCCUGCAGCCCGCCGUGUUCCCCUGCAUUAGUCAGCUGACCUGUCACGUGACUGACCUCCGUGUGCGCCAGGCAGUGCGAGAGUGGCUGAGUCGCUUAGGAAGAAUGUAUGACAUCACUAUGUGAGGAGCAGCUGCAUUUCUUACAGUGUUUGUAAAGGGGAGACUAAGGCUCAGCCAAUGAGAAUCUGCAUUGCCACUUUUAGCCGCAUUCAGUUUGAUUGUAAUUUACAGGAAGUCAUGCAGUUUAUCUUUGCUAGGUUUUGCUUUAACGCUGUCACUCCUGAAUGAAAUGGAAGUGAGCUUUUUACCAAAAAUAGAAUCGUUGUGUCUUUAAAUUAGCUGACAUAGCUAUUUAUUGUAGACCCUAAUUUAUGUUUACUACAUAUUAUUUAUAUAAAUUCUUUACAACUGCAAAUAUGCUAUUACAUUAAAAAUAUAUAUAUUUUUUAUUUAUAUUUGUGAUUUGACAUUGGAACAACUGUAUAUAAAUCAGAUAUUGUGCCAUAUGAAUAUAUUAUUUCCAGUUAGCUUUACACAUUUCAGUAGUAAAUUGGUGUACUGCACUCUGACAAGAUUCCAAUCUAUAAAUCAGGCAAAAUGAUUUACCAAGCCCAGGCCCCUCUCAGUGAAAUGGAUGAUAUUCUCUUUAGUAUUAAUUAACAUUAACACAUUUUGUUUAAGAGAGGAGAGGAGAUGAGAUGCCUUGAUGACACCAGUCAGUCACAAGGCCUUGGUGAAAGUGACCCAGUCCCCUCUAGGUAAACAGACCACGUGACCCUAAUCCAGUGAUGCAGUGGUAAAAAAAAAAUAGGUGGAUAAACUAAUUUGCUGUCGCAGGGAAAAAAGUAUGGCUCCCUAUACUUUUGGAGAACAAAAAAUCGGCAAAAGGUAGGGAAACUGUUGGGCCCAAAAUAAUUUUACUCGCGUUUACCCUCCACUACACCACUGCCCUAAUCCAUCCAUUCUUUAAUUUAGACACAUGAUAGAAUUACAGCCUUGCUAUUAUCUAAGCACGCCUGAGAUCUCACCAUAUAGGUCAAUGAGUCUUACUCAUCAAUGUCCAAUGAAAUCAGAGAGCAAAUCCCCACAUGCUGAUCCUCAUUGAGAGCGCUGUUGAUAAACAACCCAACAAAUACUGUAAGGCAGGAUUAGGUUUCGUUCAUAUACCCUCAAACCUCAACAACAGUUUGGGUUGGAGCCAUGCUCAGACCUGGCCUGUCUAGAAACGGUCAUCCUUAGAUAAUGUUAGACCCAAACAUGAUGAUUCUCCAAUCAUUACGCCUUUCCCUGACCAUACCCGGACUCCUCGCCAGCCCCUCUAUAGGAAAUGUCGGAAUUGCUAUCGUGUUGUCUGACCUCUCUGACCCUGCUCUAAUAGCUGACAUCUGCUUGGGUAUUAAUGAAAAGGGACAGAUGAUUGAACACUCAGUACAUGUAUCACUAUAAAAUAUGUUCGCCAUUGCUGUUUGUGUAAAUUUGAGCAGUCAAAGGACAGCCUUUUAUGUACCCACCCACACAAUUCUGUCUAGGAUUUUAGUAACUUUAGUGGACUAUUUAUUAGUAGAUAUAAUAUGCACCUGCUCUCAAAACAUGUUCCCUUGAGAAUCUCAUGUACAUUUGUUCCCUAAUGUUUUGAUACAGUUGACAUUUUCAUGCUGGCCUCCAAAGAUUAGUUGAAUCUCUGGUAGUAAAUGUCUGCGCUUAAAAGGUAUUAAAAAUAAAUAUAACUUAUUAGGUUUUCAGCUCUACUGUACUCUAAAAUAGGCAAGAAUUGAAAAAACAGAUCAGAAAAAAUGUAAGUUGGCCAAAUGCAUUUGUGAAUAUAGUACAUUUUUAUAUGGAAGCACUCUCAAGCUCAUUAUAGUAACACACUUUUACAAUGAAUCAAGAUGAUUUCAUAUAGAAGAAAACUGAAAAAUAAGUACAUUUAAAUGUAGAUAUCUAGAAAGAAACAUGUUAUGAUGUUAGAAUUCUGUCAUGAGAGUUAAUGUAAUAUUUUACUAUUGAAAAGUUUAGUAAUUGCUUUCAUUGCAUAAUUUAUUGAGCGUAUUCUCAUCUGGUCUCCAUUGCAGUACUGGGGGUAGAAUUUUCAGUGUCAAGUUUACUUAUUACAGUGCUUUAUAGUGUAUUUUCUUCUGACUACCUGGGACAGUCUUUUGCAUACAUACUGUUUAUUAUAGAAUGUACCUUUUUUUGUUUACUGUCUUAAUGUAAUGAUCAACUUUGGGAGGUGAAAAUGACUGUACAAUGACCAAAGACCUGCCCACUGUAUGUGUCUAGGGGCUCUAUUCAAUCUGGAUGGCUGAAGCAUUACAGAUUGGGUGAUUUAGAAAUGUAAAGGUAAUUUCCGAUUGAGCUGACAUAUACAACGUUUACCUUGAAUACAGUCUCCACUGAUGCAGGAAUAUUGCUGUUAAAAUGUAAAUUUGUAUGGUAUGUAUUAAUUUGUGGAUGCCCAUCAUCCAUUUCAUAUAUGUUACAAAUUACAAUUCGUAUGAUGUGUUAUGAAUUGCAAUUCAUACAAUGUUACAAAUUUGCAAUACGUAUGAUAUGUUACGAAUUCCAAUUUGUUGCGGUUAAAUUUAGCUAGCUGGCUAACGUUAAGGUUAGGGAAAGGGUUAGCUAACAUGCUAAGUAUUUGCAAAGUAGCUGAAAAAAUAGUAGUUGCUAAAUGCAAAAGUUGUUCAUGAUGAGAUUUGAACACGCAAUCUUUGGGUGGCUAUACGUUUGCGUUAUAUUACAACCAAACAUCCUCCUUUUGUUUUUGCCUUAGUUAACCUGUCUUAUUUAAUCAUACCAAACGAAACAUACCAACUAAAUUGAGUUUUCCCGAAAUGUAAAUGUUUUAUGUUACGUAUAGUCUGAGACCAGGCUCAUCAUGCUGUAAAGCUGAACUUCAGCAAUAAAGAUUGAAUGGAGCUCUUGAUGUAAGCUGCUGAUGAUUAUUAAGUUCCAUUCGUUCGUAUACUUUUACAGCAUCAUCUCUGGAAAUUUAGGCUGAGCAUGCAGCUUGUGAAUGUGUUAUAUAGAGGCACUAUCUUCUAACUGUUGAUCCUUUCCAAGAAACGUCUCAUCUGCCAUAGCUUCCUAUCUGCUGAUUGAGGAUGAAAAGGGAGCAGGACCCAGAAAGAGUGCGUAGGCAUAUAAGCGGCUUUGAGAGAGAAACUGUCGACUAUUCUUUAUUGUCUGAGUUGAUCAUUUGUGGGUAGAUUGUGACCCAAAUGUUUGUUCAAAGUGAUCAGUUUAUGGGAUGAUGGAUGUUGAUAUUAAAAACAAUGGAGUGUUUGUGUAUCUAACUGUCAAUAUCAUUGCUUCCUAUAACACAUUUUUACUCCUCUGCCCCAAACUGUGCUGAUGCAUUUAUUUGAAACCAUCAAUAGUCCAAUUCCAUAUGUUCUGCAGUGUGGGAGCACAUUACUGUAUGGCACAUGAAUACUGUAUGAUCAGGAUUCAAAAAAGAUUCAAGGCAAUUCCUUUGGAGCAAUUUAAACAAUAUUUGACAAAUGGUAUCUUUUGGAACCCAUAAGUCUGAUCCCAUGAGAUGGCAAUUGUUUUAAACACAGUUCAAUGUGUUUUGUUUUAGAACCAAAAGCACAUGAUUCAAUUAAAAUCACUUGACAUCAAUGGUAUUAUUAUACCUUUAUUUCGAACAAGUAACACAGACUGAGACCAAGGUCUCUUUUACAGCUGGGCCCUGUAGCUAGAGGUGUAUUGUGUAAUGCUAAAUUUAAGGCAAUUUGAGUGAGAAAGUGUCUUAAAAUGUAGAAAGGAAUGUGUGGAGCAUGCCUGAAGGUUUCUGUAACGUUUUCAUGCACUAAGACAACUGUUUUGAUAACAGAUUAAUUCUGCCAUCUUAAGUGUUUGGCCAAAUGAAAUUCAAUUAAUUGAUUAUUACAAACAUUUGGUUAAUAUAUUGUUAUUAAUAUGAAAAUGUCUUAUGAACAUUUUACUGUUCGGCAACUAAGUGUACAUAUACCGUCAAACUUCUGCCAGUUUGUAAGUUCUGUACAUUUUCCUCUGAAUGACUAUGGUCGGUAUUAUGGAUGAACUGAAUGGCACAAGCCUGGCAGGAAGAAUGUCUUGCUUAGGGCUCUAUUCAAUCCCUAUCGUGGAAGUUCUGUGUUACAGCAUGAAAUUUAAAGGCAACGUUUCAGCGUUAGUGGAGACUGCAUUCAUGGUAAACGCUGCAUAUGUCGGCUCAAUCAGGAAUUACAGUACCUUUAAAUAUCUAUCACACUAUCUGUAAUUCUUCAACGACACAGAUUUAAUAGAGCCCCAAGAGGGCCAAUAUUGUCACAGUGAUUUUUAAAAGCUUUUUUCUGCCUUUGAUAAAAAAAUAACUAUUAUAAUGUUUGUGUUUUUUCUCUGGCUGGACUCCCUUGCUGAUGUCAUUUGUCUUCAGAUUGUAUGUAUUCAUGUUUGUAUUCAUACUCAGUAUAUUUCAAAGCGCUUUUAUGUUGUGUUGUAGAAUAAACAAACAAAUUGAUUACCAAA